AUGGAAAGUGUGUCCAGCAGCAAAGCCCUACGCGGCUCCCAGACUCGACUUCUGGGGGGACCUCUUUCUGUCCUGAGGGUGAUGCUGCUGAGACGCCGGGGUGGCAGCAGGGCCGGCCUGACCGAGACCCUCCCCCGCACCCCCCGCAGUAGGAUGACGGGGUCUGGAGUCCGGCGUCGGCGUCGCGGAGGACUGCCUUUGCACGGGGAGGGGCGUGAUCUCUGGUGCCCCGCCCCUUUGUCACUUGGGUCGCACGGGACCUGGGACUUUCAGUCUGAGGGGAGCGGGGUGCGUGAACGGGCAGCUGGGGGUGAGGACCCAACUGCGGCUGUGGUUGGUGUUGGGCGCGGAGGAGGGGCCGGGCUGGGGGUGGAGAGUCUGGGAGGGACCUGCUGUGGGCCCGGGUCGGCCCGGGGGCGUGUCGGGGCUGUGGGCGGGGUCUGGGCCGGGCCCGGGUUCAGCUGUGGGCGGAGUCGGAGCAGGGGGCGUGGCGGAGGCGGGCCGGCCUCUGCCGCGCGGGGCUCGGCGCGCACUGGGCUCCCCGCGCAGGGGCGGGUGUCUGGCGGGUCGCCCCCAAACGCGCAGGACUCCGCGCUGGCCGAACCUUCCGCACCUGCUGCCACCUCGGGCUUGGCAGGACCCCGCGCGGCACCUGUGGCUGCGCCCCGUGCGCUCCCCGGGCCAUGGCGCACGUGGAGGCGGCGGCUCCGAGGGCCCGCCUGGGCGGCCUGUGAGCAGGGGACCGGAGGAGGGACCCGGCGCGGCGCCGCGGGCAAGAUGCCUUUCCUUCCGGAGGCGGGGGCGGCGGGGCGAGCGGUGGCCCUGGCCCUGGUGCUGCUGCUCCCCGCCGUGCCAGCGGGCGCCGGCGCCCGGCUCCGCCUGCAGCCCAACAUGCCGCACGUGUGUGCAGAGCAGGAGCUGACCCUGGUGGGCCGCCGCCAGCCCUGCGUGCGGGCCUUCAGCCGUGUGGUGCCAGUGUGGAAGCCGGGCUGCGGGCAGCAGGCCUGGUGCAUCAGCCACGAGCGCAGAACCGUCUACUACUCAGGCUACCGCCAGGUGUACGCCGUGGAGGCCCAGACCGUGUUCAGGUGCUGCCCGGGGUGGAGCCAGCAGCCCGGGGACCAGGGCUGCCUCUCCCCUGAAUGCAGCUCCAGCCUCUGCUUUAACGGCGGCCGCUGCGUGCCCGACCCUGCCCAGCCGUGCCACUGUCCCCGAGGCUUCCAGGGUCCUCGCUGUCAGCACGACGUGAACGAGUGUGCCUCGGGCAACGGGGGCUGUGAGGGCCAGUGCUGCAACACCGUGGGGGGCUUCUACUGCCGCUGCCCCCCCGGCCACCAGCUGCAGGGAGAUGGCAAGACCUGCCAAGAUGUGGAUGAGUGCCAGGUGCACAACGGCGGCUGCCAGCACAGGUGUGUGAACACCCCAGGCUCCUACUUUUGUGAGUGCAAACCCGGCUUCCGACUCCACGCCGACGGCAGGACCUGCCUGGCCAUCCACUCCUGCGCGGUGGGCAACGGCGGCUGCCAGCACCACUGCAUUCAACUCACUGUGAGCCAGCACCGCUGCCAGUGCCGCCCUGAGUUCCAGCUCCAGGAGGAUGGCAAGCGCUGUGUCCGGAGAAACCCGUGCACCGACAGGAAUGCUAGCUGCAUGCACACGUGCCGGCUGCUCCGGGGCCGUGCCCACUGCGAGUGCCACGCGGGCUACCGGCUGGCGGCGGACCACAAGGCCUGUGAAGAUGUGGAUGAAUGCGCCAUGGGUCUGGCCCAGUGUGCCCACAGCUGCCUCAACACCCAGGGCUCCUUUAAAUGUGUGUGCAACACGGGCUACGAGCUGGGCGCUGAUGGCCGGCAGUGCUACCGGAUCGAGAUGGAGAUAGUGAACAGCUGUGAGGCGGCCAACGGUGGCUGCUCCCACGGCUGCAGCCACAGCAGCGAGGGGCCCAUCUGCACCUGCCCCCACGGCUACGAGCUGGGCGAGGACCAGAAGACGUGCAUUGACGUUGACGACUGUGCCGACUCCCCGUGCUGCCAGCAGGUUUGCACCAAUAGCCCUGGGGGCUACGAGUGCAGCUGCUACGCUGGCUACCGUCUCAGCACUGACGGCUGCGGGUGUGAGGAUGUGGACGAGUGCGCCUCGGGCCACGGUGGCUGUGAGCACCACUGCGCCAACCUGGCCGGCUCCUUCCAGUGCUCCUGCGAGGUCGGCUACCGGCUGGAUGAGGACCGCAGGGGCUGCUCCCACCUGGAGAUGACCGAGGUGGGGCUGGACGGCCAUCUGCCCCUCGUGCGGCCCCUCCCGCAUGUCGCGGUGCUCCAGGACGAGCUGCCCCACCUCUUCAGAGACGACUAUGUUGGGGCCGAGGAGGAGGAGGAGGUGGAAGAGGCAGAGGCACGGGGCGAGCACACACUGGAGGAGAAGUUUGUCUGCCUGGACGACUCCUUUGGCCAAGACUGCAGCUUGACCUGUGACGACUGCAGGAACGGAGGCACCUGCCGCCCCAGCCUGGACGGCUGUGACUGCCCAGAGGGCUGGACCGGGCUCCUCUGCAACGAGACUUGUCCUCCAGACAGCUUCGGGAAGAACUGCAGCUUCUCCUGCAGCUGUCAGAACGGCGGGACCUGUGACCCUGUGACUGGGGCUUGCCGCUGUCCUCCCGGUGUCAGCGGCGCCCACUGUGAGGACGGCUGCCCCAAAGGCUUCUAUGGCAAGCAGUGCCGUAAGAAAUGCCACUGUGCCAACCGGGGUCGGUGCCACCGCCUCUACGGAGCCUGCCUGUGUGAUCCAGGGCUCUACGGCCGCUUCUGCCACCUCGCCUGCCCGCCGUGGGCCUUUGGGCUGGGCUGCUCGGAGGAGUGUCAGUGUGAGCGGCAGAACACACGUGCGUGUGACAAGAAGGAUGGCACCUGUGCCUGCAAGGCAGGCUUCGGGGGCGAGCGGUGCCAGGAUGAGUGCCGGCUGGGCUUCUUUGGGCCCGGGUGCCUGCAGACGUGCACCUGCCCCCCGGGUGUGGCCUGUGAUCCCGUCAGCGGCGAGUGUGGGAAGGAGUGUCCUGCCGGCUACCAGGGGAAGGACUGUGGGCAAGAGUGCACGGCGGGGACAUUUGGCUUGAACUGCUCUGGCUCCUGCUCCUGUCGGGGGGCCCCCUGCGACCCGGUCACGGGGCAGUGCCUGUGCCCUCCUGGGAGGACCGGGGAUGACUGUGGGGCAGAAUGUCCCGAGGGCCGCUGGGGGCUGGGCUGCCAGGAGAUCUGCCCGGCGUGUGAGCAUGGUGCCACCUGUGAGCCCGAGACGGGAGCCUGCCUGUGCCGCCCUGGCUUCACCGGCAGCCGCUGCCAGGAUGCUUGCCCAGCAGGCUGGUUUGGGCCUGGCUGCCAAACGCGGUGCUCCUGCGCCAAUGAUGGACACUGCCACCCGGCCACUGGCCGCUGCAGCUGCGCCCCGGGGUGGACCGGUCUCAGCUGCCAGAGAGCCUGUGACAGUGGGCACUGGGGACCUGACUGCAGCCACAUCUGCAACUGCAGUGCAGGCCAUGGGAGCUGCGAUGCCGUCAGUGGCCUGUGCGCAUGUGAGGCUGGCUACGUGGGCCCGCGGUGCGAGCAGCGGUGUUCCCAGGGCCACUUUGGGCCAGGCUGUGGGCAACAGUGCCAGUGUGAGCACGGGGCAGCCUGUGACCAUGUCAGCGGGGCCUGCACCUGCCCGGCCGGCUGGAGGGGAACCUUCUGUGAGCGUGCCUGCCCGGCCGGCUUCUUCGGAGUGGACUGCCACCACGCCUGUAACUGCAGUGCCGGGGCCUCCUGUGACGCUGUGAGCGGGUCCUGCCUCUGCCCUCCUGGCCGCCAGGGCCCCCGCUGCUCCCAGACCUGCCCGGCCCACACAUACGGGCACAACUGCAGCCAGGUCUGCUACUGCUCUAACGGGGCCUCCUGUGAUCCUGUCCACGGGCAGUGCCGCUGUGGCCCUGGCUGGACGGGCCCCGCCUGCCUGCAGACCUGCCCCGCAGGCCUCUAUGGCGAGAACUGUCAGCAUUCCUGCCUUUGCCAGAAUGGGGGCACCUGUGACCCUGUCUCAGGCCACUGCAGCUGCCCGGAGGGCUGGGCCGGCCUGGCCUGUGAGAAGGAGUGCCUCCCGGGGCUUUUUGGAGCCAGCUGCCAGCACAGCUGCCGAUGCCUCAACGGCGGCCUCUGUGACCCGCGCACAGGCCACUGCCUCUGCCUGGCUGGCUGGACUGGGGAUGAGUGCCAGAGCCCCUGUGCCGAGGGCACCUUUGGGGUUCGCUGUGAGGAGCCCUGUGCCUGCCGCUGGGAGGCCGCCUGCCACCACGUCAGCGGGGCCUGCCUCUGCCCCCCGGGGUGGAGGGGCUCGCAGUGUGAGAACGCCUGCCCGCCUGGCUGGUUUGGAGAGGGCUGUGCCCAGCACUGCCAGUGCCCACCUGGUGCCGCCUGCCACCACGUCUCCGGGGAGUGUCAUUGUCCCCCAGGCUUCACGGGGCCCGGCUGUGAGCAGGCCUGUCCGCCUGGCACCUUUGGGGAGAGCUGUGGGCAGAAGUGCCAAUGUCCUGGCGAGAACCAGGCCUGCCACCCGGCCUCAGGGGCCUGCGUGUGUGCCGCCGGCUACCACGGCUCCGGCUGCUGGCAACGGUGCCCGCCUGGGCGGUUCGGGCCUGGCUGUGAGCAGCUAUGUGCGUGUCUCAACGGGGGCUCCUGUGACCCGGCCACGGGGGCCUGCCGCUGCCCUGCUGGCUUCCUUGGAACCGAUUGUGGCCUUGCCUGUCCACAUGGCCGCUUUGGCCUCGGCUGUGCGCACGUGUGCAGAUGUGGGCAGGGGGCGGCCUGUGACCCCGUGACUGGCACCUGCACCUGCCCCCCCGGGAGGACCGGCGUCCACUGUGAGCACGGCUGCCCCCAGAACCGGUUUGGUGUGAACUGUGAGGGCAGGUGCUCCUGCAGAAAUGGGGGCCUGUGUCACGCCACCAACGGCAGCUGCUCCUGUGGCCUGGGCUGGACAGGGCCGCACUGUGAGCUGGCCUGCCCCGCCGGACGCUACGGGGCCGCCUGCCACCUGGAGUGCUCCUGCCGCAACCAGGGCACCUGCGAGCCCGCCUCGGGGGCCUGCCACUGCGGCCCUGGCUUCUAUGGCCAGGCCUGUGAGCACGCCUGUCCCUCCGGCUUCCAUGGGGCUGGCUGCCGGGGGACGUGCGAGUGUCAGCAUGGCGCCCCCUGCGACCCUGUCAGUGGCCGCUGUCUCUGCCCUGCCGGCUUCCACGGCAAGUUCUGCGAGAGAGGGUGUGAGCCCGGCUCAUUUGGAGAAGGCUGCCGCCAGCGGUGUGACUGCGGGGAUGGGGUGCCCUGUGACUCGGUCACUGGCCGCUGCCUAUGCCCCCCGGGGCGCACGGGGACCACCUGUGACCUCGGCUGCAGAAGGGGCUUCUUCGGGCCAGGCUGUGCCCUGCGCUGCUCCUGCGGGGGUGGGGCCGACUGCGACCCCGUCAGUGGGCAGUGCCUGUGCGUGGAUGGCUACACAGGGCCCACGUGCCGGCAGGGUGGGCCCUCCCAGCUCCUGCAGAGCCUGUCUCCAGCCCUGGGCCCAGCGGCCUUUCCUGUCACUGCCUCUCAUGGCCCCAGGCUUGGCAGCAGCCCGGAGAAGCACUAGGUCAGGGGCAGCCCAGAGAGGCUGGCCUCACAGGCACCGCUGAGGAGCCCCAGGGCCUUGGUGACCGCUGAAGAAGGACGCCCGGGGCCAGGACUGUGGCCCUGCCUUGUCUUCGAGGCCUGUGGACCGUGGUGGGGCCUCUCGCUCUGCGAGAACUGUUGACCAGGAGGGAGGCACCUCCCGGCUCAGCUCUGCGCUCAGCCAAGGACCUCAGGGCCGAGGGAGCUGCGCCCGCCACCGCCUGGGGCGGGAGUGAGGGCAGGUGCGGGUGUGGGUGCGGGUGCAGGCGUGGGCCGCCCUCCGAGCAAGUCCUUCUGGUGCUAAGCUCUGAGGCUGCUGCAGCCCAGCCCGUUCGCCUGGAAACACAGCAGCCGUAUUUAUGGAAAGGUAUUUAUGGGCAGCUGGACGCCGCCUCUGCACCCCUCAGUGCUGGAGGGCCCUCUGCUCCUGCCCCGCCCAAGAGGCCCUGCCUUGGGACCACCGGGCCCUGAGGGGCCUCUGGGCAGCGGGCUUCGGUACCAUGUGGAUCGCCAUAAGUUAAGAAAGGAGCCGCUGCUCCCUCGA